CCAUGAAGGUCUUCGUAUUGAGCGUCUGCACGUUGAUGGGGGUGGCUGCCGCCCUUCCCGGCCUUCGUCUGCGUCGCGACUCCUCGCCUGAUCUCUUCGAGGUGCCCUCCAACACCUCCCUGGUUCUGGGCGGCAUCAACACGGGCUUCGACUGCGCUGACCUCCCCUACGGCUACUACGCCGACGAGGCCAACAACUGCGCCAUCUUCCACGUGUGUCUGCCCUACAUCGACCACAACGUGUACAUCUCCCGCCACUUCUCCUUCAUGUGCGCGCCUGGUUCCAUCUUCGACCAGGAGCGCCUCGCAUGCACCCGCCCCGAGUUCGCCCGUCCCUGCGCAGGCGGCGAAGGCUACAGGAGCUCCAACGGCUACUUCGGCCGGAGUGACAUCAACUUCCUCGAGUAAAAAAGAAUC